GGGAGCCUGUCUACCAAUACGCAAUUUCUCCUAGGGGAGAAAUAAAGUAUGUUCUGAUCUAUAUAUAUAUAUGUCUAUGAAUGAAAUGACUGCAAAGGAGUACUUUCCUUUGAACAGAACGUUCUUUUUGGACUACUGUACACCCUGCAGAGGAGCAGAAACAAAGCAGCUGUGUAAAGAAACCUCUGACUCAGGACGAUGUUCAGCUUUUGGCUGCAAGCUGCAGUCAUUAACGGAUUCGUAGGAAGUCCUUUUCCACGCAGGCCUAGUAAAAAAAAUACUGUUUCCUGAGGGGGUGGGUUCCGUUCGUUUCCCGGCAAAACUGAUUCCAGAAAUUCCCUGAAUGUGGGGGAAGUGCGACCACCUCUCUCCUAAUAUGGUAAAAGUUUCCGCUUGGAAAAGCCUGGAGCCCUUCACGGGUUGUGGGAAACGGCGGUUACGGUUUUCAGGUUGUCGCAAAGGUUUACACCUGGAAACAGAUUUAUCUCAGGAAAUGUGUAACUGUCUGGCAAUCACCACGAGUUUUAGUCUGUUCGGCGCCAUCUUGGCGGAACACUUGAGCGUCUUUUGUUUACAUGCCGGCUAAGUGAAACUAACAAACAGCAAGUGAAGGUAGCCUAUGCCAGCUUUAGUAUUAACGGGGCCGUUUAAAAUAAAGAGAAACCGAAAGAAGCUGCUGCGUCAUGUUGCAUCAUCAUCAUCAUCAUAAUCAUCAUCAUCUGCCGGGAGUCAACCCGCCUGCACUCAAAACUGGUCGGAGCAGCUGACUGAGCAGUCCUCACACAGCAUCAGCAGCAGCUCACCGAGCUACCUGCAGAACCAGGUGGGUCGGCCUGACUCACCCUGCUAGGCUGGAUGUGUGCUGAUCCGGACCGGGUGAAAGUCAGUCCUGCUGGAGGAGAAACAUGCCCCUGCUGUUCAUGGACACCGGGUGUGAGCUGAGCAGCCCCUGCGGCUCCCUGUCAGCGGACGAGUGCAGCAGCAGCACCUCUGCUCUGGAGAGAGAAGGCGAGGGGAACCGGCCUCGACCCAGAGUGACAAAAAGGCGAGAAAAGAACCGAGACGCGGCGAGGAAAAGCCGGCGUAAACAAACGGAGAGAGCUGAUGAGCUGCACGAGGAGCUGCAGAGUCUUGAGCAAUCAAGUUCAGCUCUGCAGAAGGAAAUUGCAAAGCUGAAGAAAGAACUUCGCCUCUAUGAGACGGCGCUGGAACGCCACAAACCUCACUGCCGCCUAAAGGACGCCACUUCAUCCCCAGCAGAUCUCAAAACCAGCUCCGGUCCUCUGCAGGACUCGUCCUCCUUAAGCACCAGCGUGGGUUUAAAAGCCUUCAGUGACCCUGAAAAGACUCGCCUCCCGUCUUCAUCUUCCUCUCCAGCAGCAGCAGCAGCAGCCGCAGCAGCAGCCUCGUCGGCUAAACUCCUCGUUACCUCGUCCUCAUCCACGUCUUCCUAUUCUGCCUCUUUCUUCACACAUUCAGCUCCUCAUUCUUUGUUUUGUGAACCGCCUCCCAGCUUCGUUCCCUCCACAGCAGCUCAGCUACUGACCAACAACACUAACACAACCGCCUCAGCAUCUCAAAGCAGUUCCUUUACAGACGAUUCAUUUUUAAGAACCCUCAGUUCUUCCUUUGCAGCUCCACCGGCAGUGCAUUCCUCCUCAGAGGUCCAAAACACAGCUUUACCGAAACCAAGCAGUCCCAGGAAUCUGCCUCAGUUUCCUCCCUGCAGGUUCAGUGGAAGCAAUGCUGCGACCUUAGUGACCUCUCCUCCUGCUGCUCCUCUAGCCUCCAUCGAAGGUUACGAUCAACAGGUUUCUCCGGCUCCCGAGUCUCUGCUGUCCCUGCUCACCGUGCCCAGCCCUCUGAAUCACUGUCAGACCAGCUGUCCUGCACCAGCACCGGCCGCCUCUAAAGACAUGUCUCUCUCUGAGCUGCUGGAGGUCAACGAGUGGAUCCUGAGUGGCUUCGGUAACCAGUAGCAUCACAGAACAGCUGUUUAUUUUUAUUACAUUGAGAGAAGUCCAACUGUAAGACACAACCAACGUCUCACACUGCAAAAACAAAAAAUCUCACUAUGUAUUUUUGGCGCACUUUCUAGUGCAAACAUCUUAGUUAACUUUAAAUAACACAAAAUUAACCUACAAGUUACAAUUCAGAAGAAAUGGGAGCUUAUCACUUAAAGUUGUUUUGCAUCAAACCCUAUUAGGUUUUUAUAGCUUGGAGUCGUCAUAUAAUCCCAACAAUAAGAUCAUUUUCUAGUCAUUUUUACCAGGGAUGUCAAUAAUAGUAAACAACCUUAAAAUAAAAAUCAUUUUUAUUUCAGCAGUAUAAUUUUCCACUUAGAUAUUCAGUUACAGUAAUGCCAGAAAAAACACUUUUCUGCUCUACCAUCACAAAUGUAAAUAGGAAUAAAGUUUGCUAAAGUCCUUCUUGGGGGGCUGCAGAGGGAACAUAUCACCCGGGGUCCCAUUUAUGUAAGAACCGCCCCUGGAUAGAGCAGAAAAAGCUCUAUCCUGGUAUUGUACUUGUAUUAUUGAUCCGAUAAAAGAUCAAGUUACUUUAAAUAUUUCACACAUUUUCCAAGGCUGCCAAGAAAUACGUCUGUAUCUGAAAAUGUUGGCUGGUAAUAAAUGAGUGAAGCUGCAGCUGUCAAAGAAUGAAUCAACUUAACAAAAGAAGGAUGAUGCAUCGAUCAGCUCCUGUGUCAGGCCUUUGCCUGAUUUUGUUCCUGUUCUGUUUUGAGCAAAACUUCUUCAUUUGUCCUCCGUUUGAGCAGAGAGUACUCCUUUGGUCAGAGACCUCCAGAAAGCAAGAAAAACGACUCAUCAGGAUCCAUUUAAGAGAUUUCAAAACUUAUUGGAAGGAAUCUAUAAACACAGUAUGAUUUUUGAGAAAGUUUUGCACAUAAUAAAAUCAAAACAAAGAGUUUUAUUUCUGUCUAGUUUGCCAAAAUCUAGAGAAGAAAAAUACGCCAAACACCAGAUUUGCUUGGCGCCUUUUGCGAUCUCAGAGGUUCAGUUAAUUUUCUCAGAUAAUACUCUUUACUCCUAACAAUCGAUUAAUCUACCGCUUAUUCUGACGAUUAAUCGAUUAAUCGGAUAAAAAAGUUGGCACAUUCUGCAGAUUUUUCAUCAAAGUCUUUUUUAUACAACAUUCGAAAUACAUUAGAGUAUUACAAUUAACAUUUUAUUGCCUAAAAUGCAAUAACACAGCAUUCCUUUAGUGAACACUUGAUUAUUUGUAGCAAAUGAUGCAUCUGCAGCUAAAAAAAAUGCUUGCAACAUGUGAAAAGCUCAACUAUUUCUGCUUGAUUUAGCUUAUAUACAGUGUAGAGAUGAUCUAUUGAUUAUUUGUUGGAUGAACAGAUUAAUAAUUGAACAGAAAAGGUGCUUAAUAGGAGAAUUUGAAUUAAAUGGAGCUAAAAUUAUGUUAAUUGAGGAGUUCUGGGUAGAACGCAUUUACAGACAGAUUUUUUAUCUUAAGUGCAAAAUGUAUGUAUUUUUGUAAAGCUUUGGUUUAUUCACUGCUCUGUGUCGUUCUUUCAUCAAAAAGUCUCUUUUUUGAGUCUCUUUACUCCAGUUAACAAUUAUUUCAGUAAUCGAUAAAUCGUUUCAGCCCUAAUAUUUCUUAAACCGGAUUUUCUUUUUAGCGGCAGCGGACUGAACUGAUGGCCCCUGAAAUCUGCCGCUUACGCCAGGACUCAAACUCUGCAACAUCAACUGAACUGAGUCACUCUGUUUCUAAGAACUACAGAUAAAUCGGUCCUGGUCGUCAGCUGUUUCUUAAUUUAAAAAGAAACUGCUGGUUCUGUAACCUUUUGAGUCCAAGCCGGCAGAGGCUGCGCUUCAUGGAAAUGUAAUCUGUAGUACUAUUUGCGUCAGAAGCUCCCAAACUGAACCAGGCAGCUGUGGCUGCAUAUUUUGUAAACUUGUUUUUGUAUCCGUGGGAUUUGUCUUCUCUGUCUGCUGCUUUCUUAUUUCUACACUGCAAAAUCCAGUUCCUCGAACACUACAGUGUGUUUUAUUUCUGCAGUGCGAUCUGAACUAAUCUGGUUUCAGUCGUUUUGUCUGUGCUGCUGUGGGCUGAAGCAGGUACCAGAUGUAAAUGUGGCGGUGAAGAAACCUUCAGGCUGGUCUGACUCAUGACUCGCUCCAGCAGCCGACACACGCAGGGCGCCGCGCUGAGCUGACAUGCAACACCGAACACGCAGCAAUCCCACCAGGAUGUUUGUUUAAUCAUGUCUCAGGUCUUAAAACACGUUUUGCAUCAACAUGUUUUUCCAAAUUUUGCAUAAGUAUGAGAUUAACUGCCAGUCGCCAGCAUACAUAACAAAUAUUUAUUAUUUUCUGAAUAUUUAUCUUUUUGAAUGCCAGUUUUGGCCACAAAAAGUGGAUUUUAUCACCGGGUUUUUCUGAGGAGGCAAUAAUAAUAAUAAUAGUAACUUUAGAACAUCAGCAAAAGUUUUAUGUUUUAGAAAGUUGUUGCUAGUAAAAGUAGAAAACAGAGUAAACGGCUCCACCUGUGGGCCAAGGACACAAAGUGUGACCUUUUAAAGAUAAAUCAACAUUUAUCAGCUUCAGUCCUCAAAUAUCAAAUAAUAUUCUGAUUUUUAACCUCCUGAAUGCCUGUUUUAGCAGUUCAACUAGAUUUUUUUUAAACACAAAGUUUUUUCUUUCCUCUCUUAAAUAUUCAAAUUGAAUUUUGAGAGGUUUGGUAGUUUCCGGUAAUUAAAAAAAAACAACUAGGUAAAUAAAUUGCUUAAUCUGGACACAAAAAUGCUCUGUUGCACACUGCAGGAGAAAUAAUUUAUAUAACUUGUAUUCUCCAUUUUCUUUUAUUAAUGAUCUUGGUGUCAGCUCCCUUCAAACGUAGCGGAAAUGAUCAUGAUUCUGAUCUAUUUUUACUUUGGAAACUAAUUAUAAAGUCAUCAGAAAGUUGAUUUUCCCAUCCAUUAUUACACAUAAAAACAAAUGUACCUUGUGGAAAAUAAUAAAACAUAAAAAUCUGAAGGGAUUUCAACAUGAGGGAAUAAAAGAAGCAACACAGAUUGUUCAGUUUAGCUCAAAAAAGCUCUUGAAGGAGAAACGUCUCUUAAAAAAAUUACAUUUUUACACAUUUUAUGCAUUUUUUUUGCAUCAACUCAACCCAAGUCAAACAGGUUAUGAAUUUAAUGUUAGAUCUUCUGAGGAUUGGAGAGGAAAACAUUCAUGCUCUAGAUAAAACAGCCAUGUUGGAUGAAUGUUAUUUUUCUAUUUAUGCUCUUCUGAUUUAUAUGUCAUUACUUUUAUUUUAAAGAUUGUCUUACAAACCAGAAGUUGCCAAAAAAUGCUGAAUGAGUUUAGUUUGGGUGAAUGAGAGGGUUUUUAGGGACCAUUUAGUAAUUUAACGAUUAUCAUGCUUUGGAUGAAAAUGCUGCAUUAACUUUGUUUUUCACUUAAUUUCAACUUUUAAUUUACUUUUUCUUACAUCUAGGAAAAGGCCAGUGCUUUUAUUUAAAUGACGAUUUAGAUUUCUCUAAUGAUUCAUGUUGAUUCUGUCUCUGUAAUUAAAUAUAAAAUAUAGAGUUUAUGCAUUUAUAUAUAUAUAGAUGGAGAGAGGAAAUAUAUGAAUUUAUUUGAACAAUUUAGUGUGUUUUUAAGAUGUGUGUAUUUAUCAGAUGUAUUUAUGCUGUGGUAGUGUAUUUUUGUGUAAAACAAUGCAAAAUAAAAGUUUUUUCUUUAAUGCA